AUGAAUCCCUCAUCUUCGAUCAUUCUCGACUAUACUCUCCGCGAUCUGUACUCAGCCGACUCCAAUGAUGACCCUAACACAGUCUUGAUAUAUUACCCUCUUCAGUUCGGACACAAUAAUGAGGGCACACAAGCAAAGUUUGCCUAUGGGUACAGGGUAGAGGAAGAGGAUGAAGUCGCGACGUCAUCACUGGCGAUGGCGGCCAAUAUGGUACCGCAACGAUACGCAUUUUCGGCGGGCAAAAUGCCUCUUGUUAUCCUGGAUUUCAUUGCACCGGGGCAACCUGGGGGCAAAAAUUCCAAAUGCUCCCAAGAAGCCGAUCACAGGCCCGGCCAUCAUCUUGACUUCUACCGAACGUUCGCCCAGUUACAGGCGGACCAACAGCCAUCCGUGAGCUUUGCGAAGAGCCCGGACAGCAUAGAGUUGGGCUUGGACGCAAAGAUUGCGGUUCUUCUGCCCACAGAUUGUCUAUCGCACUUACCUCAUCUUAUCUCCCCGGAAACUCACUAUGAGAUCUUGUCAAAGCGCGGUCUGGCCGUGUCCGGUUUACCAACACCGCCGUCUCGGGUGAUUGAUACCUUGCUUGCUGAAUACGAAGAUCCUAGUGUUCUUGCGAAAGAGACAGCACGAAUGACAGAUGCAAUUGAUCAACACGCUGUCCCGUUCAUGGUCAAAUUACCCCAGUCAAUUUCGGGGAUGGGCACCUUCGCAAUCAUAUCGGAAGCCGAUCGAGCGCAGGUAAAGGCCCUACUUAUAACACAGUUAGAAGUCAUGCUACAGCAGCUCAACCACACGAACCAACAUCUCUAUCCCUGUUCAAUUGUGUUGCAAGACUUUAUCGACGGACCUGUGGUGGCUUUGUCCUUUUUCGUCACGAAGACUGGACAACCUAAACUUGUUGCCUGUUGCGAGCAAUUAUUCGACGAACACUCGCAUUGGAUCGGUGGAUCGAUCUCCUACCGGCAGCAAGCAGAGUAUCAAAGGACCUUUUCUGCGCUCACGAACAAAGUCGCUACAUUCUUGCAUCGCAAGGGGUAUCAUGGCCCGGCUGGUAUCGAUAUUGUGACGAAUCGAACGACUGGAGAGCAAAUGGUUAUUGAUCUCAAUGUUCGGGUCACUGGGACUUUUCAUUUGGGGCCUCUUACGGGCCAUUUUACCAGUCGAGGCUUUUUCGAAGCUGCUUUAACUACUGGGGAUAUCUUCUGUUCUCGAGAUACGUUUGAAGGAGUUUUUGCGGAUGAGAUUCGGGAAGGUAGUUUGAUUGUUAGUGGCUGGGUCCAUGAUGAGUCGCGACUAAAGAGUCAUGCUGCGAUAACCGUUGGGGCUAGAGAUGCUAAUCAUUUGAGAGAGUAUCUCCACCGGGUUAAAGAUUUUGGUCUGCAGAAUUAG